CGCAAAUGAAGAAGAACGAAGAAACAUCCCCUCUAUUAAGAGAGAGACAACUCUGGGACAGUCAUGCAAAGGAAGCAUGGACGUCUGGAAAAACGGGAAAAUUUCGGUUCCAAGGAGUCACAAGAAAUGUUAUUUUGGCGAUUUUAAACGUAUUCUCAAACGUUACAAUGAAUGUAAGCUUGCCGGUAUUUGCCGGUACAAUGGAUGAAAUCGGUGGAGAUGCUUUUGUUCUAUUGCUGAAUACAUGUUUCGUCAUCGGUGUUCUUUUUGUCUUGACUAAUCUUUUUGCCAAAUGCGUCAUAGACAAAUCCACUACUUUUAGAAUGACAUCCAGUAUAAAGAUAAUUUUUGCUCUGGGGCUUUUUACUGCUCUUAAUGGAAUACUAGUUGUGUUUGCUAGUCCUCCAAACAGGACGCCGGGCUACCUGCAAGGGAUUUUAUCAACAACAACUAUUCCUUUUACAAUAAUAUGCCGGCUUAUUUUCCUCAGGAAAGGAAUAAGUGUUAUACGUGCACUUUGCACGUGCCUGGUGAUGGCGGGCCUUUUUAUUACCGCUGAACCCCAAAUAUUUGGUAUCAACUCUGCUGACGAUUCUAACACCGCCGAAGAAUCAACUUCUGCCAGAAUUUUAUGGCCACUUUGUUUUGCUCUGGGAUUUUUACCAAUUGGAAUCAUGAAUGUUAUAUGUGAAAAGGAAUUAAAAAACAGUGAGGCAAAAUCAUUCAACUUCAUUAUGUGGUCACAGUUCACUCAAAUAAUUUGUAUGGCGUGCUUGUUUUGGACUGACUUUAUCCCUGGAUUUGGAAUGGCUAGUUCUUUUUCGGAAUUCUCUACCAGAUACAAGAAAGGGACAACAUGCUUGUUUAGCACUAGUUCCGACUGCAAGGGUCUCAUUGGAAAGUCCUGGAUCUUCUUCGGGGGAUACACUUUCGGAAAUCUCUUUCAGUUUCUUCUCAUCGAAUACGCUGAGGGGGCUGUAUUCGCUGCCGUGGUGCAGUCACUAGUUGGUCCCAUAGCCUCGAUAUUCUGGACAUUUUUUGAAUUUAAUGUGAAAGAGAACGUUUUUCGAUGGCAUCCAGUAUUUAAUGAAACGACUGCUUUCACUCUCAUUGGUCUGCUUUUAAUGGUACCUGGUGUCAUGCUAUAUAACUAUUUCAGCAACAAAGAGGCAAAGAAUGCAGUGAGGGAAUGUCGAGAUUUGUAUACAGACCCAGAAUUAAAAAUAAAUAAUGCUUAGACAUAAUUAAACUGAACUUGUAA